AGGAAACAAAAUGACUUCAAGAACUUGACGGGAAUAGAGAAAUAUGAGCUUAGCUUCCGAAAGAACAAGAAGAAGAGAAAAUAUUUUGAGAACAAAAAGUUUAGAACAAAAUACUUCAGGUUGUAUUAUCUAUGAGAAAACUCCAGGUGUAUUCUAUGAUGCUCCAUUUUUACAGAAUGAACCCAGACGAAAUAUGACAUAUCCUCAUAAGAACGCAGAUGUGAAGCUAAUUAGAUUGUCAUUAAUACGAGAAAAAGAUGGAAAUAAUGGAUUAAUGAAUAUGCGGAAACAAAGUGCUCCUUUAUCCUUACAGUGCUCCUGUUCUAAGAAGAGGCAACUUCAAUUAAAUACGUACAAUGGAUUCAAGGCUUUACAAUUCAAGGAUCCUGAGGUUGAGACGGAGGCCAGAAUCCUCCGGAGGUCAUCGAUGAGGUCAGUAAGAUGUAUGGAAAGAAAUGUUCUUAGUUAAA